CAAGAUGAUUCCAUAAAAUCUGAAUGGUUAGCCAUUUGUUUAAUAUGAACAUUCCAUCUUCUCCAUAACUAUUUCUUUAUUACUAUAUGUUGGUUCCAGACAUCGACUGUCGGUAUCGAUAGGUGGUUUUUAAAUCUCCGCUAUUGUAAUCCACUUUUUUUCAAAAUCCAUUCCACACUCAACGUCGACAACGACCAUGACUCAAUCCAAGAAACUUGUCAUCUUUGCCAGUUCAUGGAAUUACCUCGAGAAGAACAAAUCCAACAUGUCGCCGACUGAUGCAGCACACAAGGCCCACAGCAAGAUCUCAACAUCAGACACUCAACCUGUAUCCAAGCCACAACCCCUUCCCACAAUCAGACCGGACCCACUGUCGCCCCGUUCCAUCCAACAAGUGCCCAAACAGACCAAACACCUCGACUUUGAUCGUCUCCAAAAGUGUGUGUCACCGUCUCUACAUUCCGACCCAGAGGCUUUGUCAUUAUGGUAUAUUCUCACUACCUCGCUGUUACUAUCAUUCCACAAGGAGAAACUCGUGGCCGAUCUGUGGAGAUAUAUCAUUCGGACUGUCACAAACACCAAUGAUCAACUCGCUGUUGCGAGAUGUAUUCGGGAAGCAUGUCUCAAGUCGAGUACCCUCGUGGGAUUUCCCAGAGCCAUCAACGCACUGAUCGCAUUAAAAACGGCCAUUGACACCUCAACACCACAACUAUCCUCAAUCCUCUCGUCCGACCAAUCCUUACGAUCACCCAUAUCAUCCGCCCAGAAAUCCAGUCGAGGCAUGCAAUUCUUCAGGCAGAUCUAUAAACAGCACACCGGGAGGGUACUGGCCGCUAUGGACGAAACAUCAGGCGGAGACCUGACGUAUUUCGCCAUCAAUUGCAUCUAUGGUGAAUUACUCGCUGAUCACUCUAUUGUCGGUGCUCGAGAUACGGGGCUUCUAGAGUUCGUCUGUUGCUUGGCAGAUGAUUGUGCUCCGCAAGCGAAGGGGUAUGUAUCCACUACUUAUGUUGAUUGAUCACAGCAUUCACUUUUUCCCUUCUCUAUCAUGGCUUCCCCCCUGAUUGACUGACUAAUUGACAUAUCCCAUCUACACAGACAUUUCUUCGGUUCCAUAAACCUUGGUGCCUCCAAUGACAUCCUCCGAUCUUCUAUCCUUCUCACCGCCGAUAUGGCAUUUCAACUGGGUCUUGAUUCUCCAUGGGAGGCGAACAGAGAGGAAUACCGAUUUCUGGAUAGGGUCUUGGUUUAGCUUCCUGCUGGAACUUCUUCUCUAUACCUGUAUAACGACUGAUGAAUCAAUCAUAGAUAGAUACCUAGAUAUACAAUUACUAGAAAGGUCUUGCUUUGCUAAAGUA